GCUCGACCGAGGCUUGCCACCGCGUGGUGGCGUUCGCGAUGGAAAACACGGACACGGCGUUCGACCCAUGCGUGGACUUCCACCGACACGCCUGCGGACGGUGGUUCGCCGGGAGUACUGCGCGCCGAAGCUAUGUCGACGAGAACCGUGCCAACUUCAGCGCAGCUGCGCACGGGGCCCUGACACAGCUUCUACUCAGGCCGCAGCCCGGCGGCGGCGACAUACCGCACGACGACGUCGGAAUGGCUCGCUUCUACGCCAGCUGUCUUGCUUACGCCCGGAAACGUCCGAUAACCCGUGUCCCAGACUUACUGGAGCGCAUGAGUCUCAACAAGAGCUCUUGGACCGACUUCACGAGCUCGCAGCAGCUUUUCGACCACGUCCUGGCCGCCAAUUUUCGCACGGGUCUCGCCGGACUGGUUCGGGUGAGCAAGGACGAAAGUGCGGCGAACGGGCUUCUGGUCGUGGACGUCGGUGAGAGCCUUCAGUCCACGCUAGGUGACCACACCGCUUGGUUCCUGAGCAUGACACUGCGCGAACUCGACUGGCCCAAGAACCGCUCGCUGAUUGCCGCUCUGCAGAGUCUGGACGCCAGAGUUGAGAGGGCGAGGAGCCAAGUCAACGACUCUUUGCCGCUCGACGCCACGAGCGUCGGAGAGAAUGCAGCGUUUCUCGGUCUGGGUCUAUCAUGGGAGGACGCCCUGGAGCACGCCUUCUCCUCCGCGUCGAACGAAUCAAGCAACCUAACGAAUGCGGUCGUGAACAUUGGGGCGGUGGAUGCCCUAAAAGGCAUGCUCGCCGCUCUUACCACUACGGACCUGCGAGUCGCGGGCCUUUACUCGUUGCUGCUGAUGCUGGCGCAGGUGAUGAGAUACCCCUACUUGCUGGCGACCAACUACGCCGGAUUUGAGGACGUCACGUUAUGCUUACAGGCAGUGUCAUCAACGAAGGCUGCGUCGCGAACCCCACGGCGACCCAAGCGAAAGCGACCUACAGCGACGACUUCGUGGCCAACAUCCUGCUGGCGCGCAAGACGGCCCCACCGACGUGCGUUCGCGCCGGCGGCGUUGCCGCGACUGUGCGGUCGCAGCUAGUAGGCCGCAUCGAGCCCGACCCCGCCGGGGCUCUGGUGGCGCCUACCGCCGCGCUCACGCCAGACCUGCUCCACGCCGAUGCCGGCGAGCCGAGCUUGGACUACUCGACGUUGGGCGUGAUGCUGCUCAUCGAGUGGGCGCACCUCGUCUCCGCGCGCAGGCCGGCGCUAAGAGCACGCCUGAGCGAAUAUGGCCAGUGCGUGCGCAGAGAUGUCACCGACUUGCUCAUGGUGAGUGAGCGCAUGCGCUUGUCGCAUCAUCGAGGUGGCAAGGGUUGUUUAAAAAUGGCUCUGGU